GACACAGCUGUAAGACUCUGCCAGCCGUUCUCGGCAUUUGAUCUCGCAAGGGCUUCUGAUAUCCUAGUCUUCAUCAUUGGCCUGACACCAAAUCUCGUUGGAAUGCUCAGUCAUGCGCCAUCGACAAGUCUAUCCCCAUCUUCAUCUACUCUUAGUAUAGAGCUCUCUGAUGCACACCCUCCUUCCCCACAAGGUUGUUCUGGCCUCUUCAUCUAUUAGAUUACCCACAGCUCAAGAGCCGAACAACAACCGAUAAUACGGGCACACCCACGGAGAAACUACCAUCUCAGAAAAUACUUGCACCAAUGGUAUCAGCCAUACUCGAUGUCAAGAUUGUUCAGAUUACUCCAUGCGUAUAGUCUGUAAGAUGACACCUGCUCGCGGGGGCACAACGGUCCCACCGUACAAGCUUUCAUAAAGCUUAAGUAUCUUAGCUUUUCUCCACCGUUUCUUACUCUACAGGACUCUGUUCGAUGUUGACAGAAUGAUUCAUCUCACUUUACUUCAUCUGUGGGCUCUGCUCGUACCAGCGCUUGCUGGUAUGACCAAGACCGGUACUCUCUGCACCGUUACUCCAUCCGGCACCAAGGAUGACAGCCCGUCCAUCAUGGACGCCUUCAAGCAGUGUGGCCAGAACGGUCAGAUCGAGAUUACGAAAGGUGACUACAACAUCGCCAAAGUCAUGGACGUCCUGGACCUCAACAACUGUGACAUCUCCAUCCGCGGCAAACUAACUUGGAGCGACGAUAUCCAGUACUGGGUACGCAACAGCGUUAGUGUGACAUAUUCUCAACGAAGUACAGCAUUCCGUCUUGGUGGUGAGAACUUCACUGUGCAAGGCCAUGGUGAAGCACUCUUCUUUGGCAAUGGGCAGAAGUGGUACGACGUGAACCGUGAUGGGAGCAACAUGGCCGGUAGACCCAUUAGUCUGACUCUCUGGCAUGCGAAGAACGCAUGGAUUGAUGGAAUUACUUGGAGGCAGUCGCAGUUCUGGCAUACAUUCGUCGCCUACUCGCAGAACAUUACGAUGACAAACCUUGACAUGAACGCCACCUCAUCUUCCCAAUGGGGUACCGUCAAUACUGAUGGCUUCGAUAGCUGGAACUCCCAAGAUAUUGUGCUAAAAAAUUGGGUGGUGACAUGCGGCGAUGACUGCAUAUCGGUUAAAGGCAACAGUAAAAACAUCUAUGUUAAGAACGCCACCUGUUACGAGUCUGGCGCCAUGGUGGUUGGUUCAAUGGGCAAUCCCACAAACGUUCCCGAGACGGUAGACAACGUACUCUUCGAAGACAUCACUGCCAUUCACAGUUCCAACGCGGCCUGGAUCAAAACAUACCCUGGCCAAGGCCAUGUGAAGAACGUCACCUUCCGAAACAUCAAGUUUCAGGACGUCAACCAGCCUAUAUACGUCUCCCCGUGUAUUUACAGCUACCAGAACUGCGAUUCGAGCCGCUUAACGAUCAGCGACAUUACUUGGGAAAACGUUACGGGCACCUCGAGAUACAACGUCGCCGCGGCUAUCUACUGCAGUCGCGGUGCACCUUGCACGGGUUUGAAGUUCAAGAACAUCGACAUCAAACCCAAGAAUGGUGGUAUGGGGAAGAUUUUAUGCUCGAACAUGAACAGCGACAGUGGGUUGGCAUGUACCGGCACCUGCCCAGCAGGAUGGAAGCAGCAGUUGAGCGGCAAUGCUUGAACUUGAGUGCUGUCGUUAUU